AUGGAAUCAAACAAUACUCCUAACAAUCAGUCUCAACCCUACUUUAGCCUUCUUAACUUCCCAUAUGACAGCUUUGCUCCCAAUGUAAACAUUGGUUCCUCUCAAAUUCCUUCUUUUAGUUCACAACCAAGUUCACAGCCGAGUUCACAGCCGAGUCAACCUCCUAGUCAAACAGAAGAGACAGCCGAACAGCGAAGGGAGAGAAGGCUAUGGUCCACUCAAGAUGACUUAGUCCUAAUAAGCGGCUGGUUAAACACAUCGAAGGAUGCAGUAGUUGGGAAUGGGCAAAAGGCAGGAUCCUUUUGGAUCCGUAUAGGAGACUACUACGAAACGAGUAGUCAUGUCCGUGAUGGUGCUCAGCCUAGGCGCCCUGACCAUUGUAGACAAAGGUGGCAAAAAAUCAGUAAGGAAGUGAGCAGGUUCUGUGGAGCUUUUGCAGAGGCAGAGAGUGAGAGAGCUAGUGGGAUGAACGAUCUAGAUGUUUUACAAAAUGCUCACCAAAUCUACACUAACCUGUACAAGAAGAAGUUCGGUAUGGAGUAUGCUUGGAAUGUUCUACGCUAUGAACAGAAAUAG